AUGGAGUUCUCGGAGAGGAAGCGGAGCAGGAAAUCCCAGAGCUUCAAACUGGUGAGCCGAGAUUAUCACCAUGAGGUCUGUAAGAUCUCAGAAUUGAGCACCGAUGUUAAUGGGAAGGCCAAAGAGACACAACCCAUUUUUUUAGGAGAUGAAAGCAUGGAAAUUAAAAAACAAAUUACAGGAAUGAGAAGAUUACUGAAUGACAGCGCUGGGAGGAUCUACCAGCGUGUGGGCAAGGAGGGGGAGAAAUUGAAAGAAGAACCCCAGGAUUUGGAUUCGAUCUGGCCUCAGCGUUUGAACUCUGUGGAGGCCCCACCGAGCCUACACCCGUCUUCCCGUGGUGCGUGGAACGAGUUACCACCCCAGAGUGGGCAGUUCUCAGGGCAGUAUGGCACCCGCUCCAGAACCUUCCAGAGCCAGUCUCACUCCGCCGGGAGCUCCAAUGGAGAACUCCCAGUGGUGAAUUCGUCAGUUGGAUCAAACUGCUGUACUUGUAACUGCCAGUCAACGUUGCAGGCCAUUCUCCAGGAACUCAAGACCAUGCGGAAAUUGAUGCAGAUUCAGGCAGUUGGAACCCAGAACAGACAGCAGCCCCCAAUUUCCCUUAUCUGCUCCCAGCGAACUGCCAUCUCACGCAAGAGAAAUAAAAAGAAAAAAGUGCCCCUGAAGGCUGUGGAACCUCUCACUGUGAAACAGAAGCCCAGCGUGUUAGAAGCCGAGAAGGCGGCAGCGGCGGCCCCCGAGAAUCCCAGUCUCCCCUCCCCCGGGGAGAACCACAUCCUAGGGUUCGGCAUCGUACUCGAAUCACCAGCGUCUGAUCCAGAAGUGCAACUUGCUGAAGGCUUCGAUGUGUUUAUGCCUAAAUCUCAGCUGGACUCUAUACUGUCAAACUACACUCGCUCAGGAAGCCUUCUGUUUAGAAAACUGGUGUGUGCAUUUUUUGAUGACAAGACUUUGGCUAACUCCUUACCCAAUGGGAAGAGGAAAAGAGGACUCAAUGACAACCGGAAAGGACUAGACCAAAAUAUUGUGGGUGCAAUAAAAGUCUUCACAGAAAAAUACUGCACUGCUAAUCACGUGGAUAAACUUCCUGGCCCGAGAGACUGGGUUCAGAUUCUACAGGAUCAAAUCAAACUGGCCAGAAGAAGGUUAAAAAGAGGCUCAGAGGCAGCUGACGGUGAUGAACGGCUGGACUGCGUUUCUCUACCCCCAACAGACCAAUCAUUGCCGCGCUCGGGCCUGCACAUCGCCCCCGCCCCCUUGCCGGGCCGCACGCAGCUACCGAGCCGCUCUAGCCGCGGCCCGCCGCCUCUUAAAGGGAGGGAGCCGGCCCUUAAAGGACCCUCGCGCGCGGCGCACGGCGGCCCCGUUCCCGGCAGGGGCCCGCCGAGCCAGGCCGAGCCCCCGCGGCGCCCAGGCACGGCGCGGGGCCCUCCCGCCCUCCGCGCCGCCGCCGGGAGCAGCCUUUUUAUUCAGGCGACGCUUAAGGGAGCCCGGCGGCGCCCGGUGCAUUGUGGGAGCGGCGGAGUCCCGUUCGCGGGAGGAGGCGGAGGGCGCAAAGCGAACCGGUAA